UGGCGCCCUCCCUAGGCGCGCUGGGUCUUGUGGGUGGAAACGCGCUGGCUGGCUGGGGUCGGCGUUUAGUUCAGCGCCGCGACUCGGGGACCUGGAGCUGACGCCUGGACACUUGCAUUAGCUUUAAUAGAAGAGAAAUGGAGGAGCCAUAGAAUAUUAAGGAUGAAUUCAGGAAGGCCUGAGACCAUGGAAAACUUGCCUGCUCUCUACACUAUUUUCCAAGGAGAGGUUGCUAUGGUGACAGACUAUGGGGCCUUUAUCAAAAUCCCAGGCUGUCGGAAGCAAGGUUUGGUCCAUCGAACUCAUAUGUCAUCCUGUCGGGUGGAUAAGCCCUCUGAGAUAGUAGAUGUCGGAGAUAAAGUGUGGGUGAAGCUUAUUGGCCGAGAGAUGAAAAAUGACAGGAUAAAAGUAUCCCUCUCCAUGAAAGUUGUCAAUCAAGGGACUGGGAAAGACCUUGAUCCCAACAACGUUAUCAUUGAGCAAGAAGAGAGGCGGAGGCGAUCCUUCCAGGAUUACACUGGGCAGAAGAUCACCCUUGAGGCUGUCUUGAACACAACCUGCAAAAAGUGUGGCUGUAAAGGCCACUUUGCAAAAGAUUGUUUUAUGCAACCAGGUGGGACCAAAUACUCUCUGAUACCUGAUGAGGAAGAGGAAAAGGAAGAGGCAAAGUCAGCAGAGUUUGAGAAGCCUGACCCCACAAGGAAUCCUAGAAAAAGAAAGAAGGAGAAGAAGAAAAAGAAACAUAGAGAUAGGAAGUCAUCUGACUCUGACAGCUCAGACUCUGAGAGUGAUACAGGCAAGAGGGCAAGGCACACAUCAAAAGACAGCAAGGCAGCAAAGAAGAAGAAAAAGAAGAAGAAGCACAAGAAGAAGCACAAGGAGUGAGAGUAGAAAGAGUGUAGGGGGUGGUUGAGAGGAAGGAACUAGGAGCCUUGUGCCUUGAGACUCCUAGAAAGACUCAAUAGUGAGAAUACAGCCUCCCACCCCAUUAACUUCACUCCCAUGGGAGAUGGCUUCCCUCAUGCAACAGGCAGGUUUGGGAGUUGGAGGUCAAAAGCAGCUGCCUGAAUGAGUUGUUGUUUCCCUAUCACUCCUGGUCCCUUUGCAAGUGAACCCUGCAGCUCACCCAUUCAUUCACCCAUUCAGCAGGAGGUCCUGUUACCCUCUCCAGCUGCCACUGCCAGAGCUGGAUUCCUGUAAAGGAGUCCAGGCUAGAGCCACAGAGACUGUUGUGGAGGUGAGUUUGGCUGUAGUUAGAGUGAUUGGACCCUUCCUAUUGGUCUGUCUUGGGCCAGUUGGUGGGUGAUCUCUGCUGCAUCCAACACGGGAGCAGAGAGAGACUGGCAGCAGGAGGGGGAACAUGGUGAGAAGUGGUGCUCACUUUUCCCAUUCCUCCUAACAUAGUUCUACUGUGCUAGAAGUGGCAUCCAGCGGCCACAGCUAGAAAACAGUCUGCAGUGUGACUUAACUUGUGUAUUGCAUUCCAGCAGACCACUGAACCAGACAGCGAAGCCAAGAUCAUUGUUCUACUUUGUAUUUACUACAGUGUGAAUCAGUUGAUUCUACUUCAGGUCCUUGCUUAAAGUCCUGUCACUAAAUGGAAAUGUGUUUGGUUUUAAACUUACUGAAAGUUAUUUUUCCUAU